UUCUUUUGUGUAUCUAUGAUUUAUCAGAGUCCAUUGCCACAAUCUGGAAAGUGUAAUACCUCUCUAUUAUUAUAGUCAAUAAUAUUAAUCUAUAGUUGAUAGGCGCUAGCUAGGCUGAGAGCAGAAGUUUAAAAGAACGCGUUAAAAGAAUUUAUCUCAGAGUCUAUCAGCAGGUUCAUUAUUGUUGGCGUCACAAUGGAGGCCCUAUGGGUGUUGACUGUCAUUACUAUUGUGCUCACAUAUCUGAUUGUUGCUGGAAAAGCUCAGUUCACAGUACAGCCAGUGUCAGUGGAGAGAGCUGAGGGACUGGAGGCAGUGUUUAGUUGUCAAUAUCAAGCAGAGGGAUUGACUGUUACUUACGAGUGGUUUCUAAACAAUUUAAUAGUCGGAGACGGUACAGAAACUGUUAGAACACUUCGACGUACUGGUGAACCAACUACACUGACAAUCUUGGCCACUCCACAGCACAACAACUCUACUGUGUACUGUGAGGCUACAAUCAGAAAUGGCUCUAAUCGUCCAUUUGAGAUUUCAUCCACAGCAUCUCUAUUUGUUCGUGAGACGGUCCUCACUCCCUUUGUUGUUGCACCAAACACCAUCACUGUGAUAUGGAAUGCUCUACCUCUCACUGAGUAUUGUGUGGACAUCAACAUGACAACUCUAGACUUCACUGAAACAGUGGCUCUUCAUUCUGUGUGUGGACUGACUAAUGAGUACAUCUUCAUGUACUCUAAUAACAGUGUGUGUGCCAGAUUCACUGUGACUCCUACUGAUGGAGAGAUGAGGGGAACAACCAGUGAAUUAUGUACCGGGUUAUUUACGAGAGUAGAAGGUAGUGGAGAACAAUAUCGUAUUCUUGAAACUAAAAGGAGCAAAUUAGUCAAAUUUGAGGCCACUGUUCCAAGUUGUACACAGUUCACUCAGUAUCGUGUGGACUCUGACCUAUUGACUCCCUCCAUCAACCUUCCAAUCACGAACCCUCUUCUGUUUGAUGGCUCACUCAGUUUCUCCCUCCCCACUGACAAGAUGACAGAAUACAGUGUCACACUGACUGAUGAAAAUGGAAUAGACCUCGUGUUUGAGAACAUUCCAAUCAGUACAUUUGACGUUCAAGACCUCCUAGUGUCUGAAUGUCCUGGUGGCGGUGGUAUUUGUGUGAGCAUUGAGUAUGUUGAAGGUACCCUCUCUCCCGGAGCUCUCGUCUGUGUGAUACGUGUCGUUAAUGAAGUUCUUGGAGAGCUAGAGCUUGAUUUUGCUAACAUGAAACUUGUCACCAUCCCUCGGAAUCCAAGUGAGAAUUUCACCAUUCCUGUUCCUAGUGGAGAAUACCGAGUGAUUGCUUUUGAUCUGGAGAACAACGAUUUACCAAACAUGCCCGUCUCUAUGGUAGCACUCAGUCAAGACAACAUGACAGUGAACUCGACUGGUGAAGACAUUACCAGUUCACCACCCAGAGAGGGCAUUAGUGCAACCAAGUUAACAAAUGGAGAGGUUAAUGUGACUUGCUGUGACCGGAAUUGUCUAGUCUUGUUCCAAUCCACCACCAUCUUGGACCGAGUGCCUGUUGGUUUCAUCAACGCAUCUGAAGUAUCAAAUUCAAUCUCUGUGAAUGAUUCAACUGUCCUCUCUUUAAAUGACACCUUUGGUGGCUAUGUGGUGGUGUACUCAUGGAAUCGUUUGGAGACCAUCUUUGAAGGGGAGGUAUCACUCGUUAGACGACUUGAUCAACUCAAUAGUACCUCUGCUCCCACUACAUGUCCAACAGCUCCCACUACACCUCCAACGUCUGAUCCACAAACAGACCCACCUCCUCCUCGUAUGGAGUCCCUGCUGACAUCAGUUAUCGCUGGUAUUAUUGUUGCGAUGGUUAUUAUCAUCACUUCGAUAGUACUCAUCAUUCUUGUUGUUUUGUGUCUGGUGAAGAAAUAUAAACGAAGUGGCAAGGUGUUUUAUUCCAGUAACUCUGAAGGCGGCAGUGUGGAUGUGGGUGCCUUAACAUCUCAAGUAGCAUUUUACGAUGUCGCCCGCCCUGAGAACAUGUCUCUGGAACGCAACACGGCUGACACUGACGAUACACCUCCACCAGGUUAUGAUGUCGUGCGUAAAGAGAACUUGCCAAGUCCUGAAUAUGAAACUGUACCAUCAGCUAAGGCAGGCAAACCUACACCCACCACUAGUGAUAACCCUCCACCUCUUCCCCCUCCUAUGAUACGAGGAGACAGUGAUGCACCUGAUCUACCACCUGCCUACAAUCCUGCCGUGGAUAACGAGAGUGUUGUUGUUAUGUUAGCAGAGAGCUCUAUCAGCCACGGUGUGGAGAAUCAGUCAGUAGAUGGGGAAGUUGAUGAGUCAUUGAAGAUAGAUCUAUCAGUCAGCGACACAGAACAUGAUGGUACUACAGAAGAGGCCAUUGGUAGUACUGCAGCUCAACCAGAUGUCAACCGUGUAGACACAGUUCAAUGUGCAGAGAGUGGAGCUGGUAACAAUGACCAUGGUGGACAAGAGGCAAUGAUCACUGCGCAGCACCAGUACACGCUGGUGGUUCCCAAGCCAGCCAGCAGUGACGCCAAGGUAAAGGACUCGUCCACCGUCAUUUAUUCUGUGGUAGACAAGGAAAAACUCAAACCAGUCAUCCCAACACCAGUUGCCAAAACACAAGGGCAGUAUAUUCCGGUAGAGACCAACCCAGCCAACAGUGAUACCAAGGUGAUGGACUCGACCAAGGUCGUCUAUGUCGUGGUGGACAAGGACAAACUGAAACCAGUAGAUCCGAACGACCCACCAGCUCUUCCACCACGACGCCCUGUCACUAAUACUGAGGAGCUGCACACAGAGAAUACACUAGCCCUUCCACCACGACGCCCUGUCACCAACACUGAGGAGCUGCACACAGAGAAGACACUAGCCCUUGCACCACGACAACGCCAUCCACCCCCACCACCCAUCCACGAGACGUCCUUAAUAACUGUGUGAGAACAUAAUAACUUCAAAUAACUUACUCGGCAUAUUAGGCACAUGCACCUCUUUAUAUUAAAUGUAAUUUACUAACACGUACAUUGCACUGCUGCUUGUGGCAUGUAGAUGAUAGUGCUGUUAUUGCUGCUUUAAAUUUCUUCUGACUCUUCAUGGA